AUGCCACCGGCCUUGGACAAGCUCCUCGCCAGCCCGUCUGCGUUGAGGCUUCUCUGCACUAUCGUCGCUGCUCAAGCGCCACCGACCGCAUGGCUGAACGCUGCUCGAUGCGUCGCCUGCACCUGCCCUCGCCGCAACUACGCUUCCGUACCGCCGGGCGAGAAGAGAUGGAUAUGGAGGCAUUGGGAAGACCAAGAAAUACGUCGCCAUGCCGAAGACAAUCCUAAGCUCCUUACGGGAAAGACACAAGCUCUGGAUCAGAUUGCAAAUGUCAGCGACUUGGCCCACAGAUUACAAGAGACAGCAAGACGAAAGGGACGCGAGGGCAUCCAUGAAGUAUGGGUCUCUCGCAAUCGGCUCGGCUUGGACUUGCCCACGGACGAUACACCAGAAGCCGAGUUUCUAUGGGGUACUUUUGUCAAGGACAAGCAUGUCGUCAUAGAGCUCCUCGACCACGCUGCAGAUCUACGCAGACGGACAGGCAACGUCUAUCCACGCCUGUAUGAACUGUGCAUAGCUCACUGGCUUCCAAAAUCGGGAUACUCCCGGCAGGCACUGGUAUACCAUCGCUUCAUGCGGCGGGAGCUUCAACUGCAGUCACUGCCACUGCAACAUUUGGUGCGAAUCAACAAAGGACGCUUAACGACAGACAUGUACGACAUACUAUUAGAAAUGUAUAAGGAGAGCGACGAACUGAACUUGUACGACGAGGUCGUUCCUGAGUUAGAACGCUUUCCUACUCAGGCUUUUAGGUGGCAUUCGGCGUGCAUCCUGAAAGGUGAUCUACCUUCACCCGAGGUCGCCGCGUCUCCUAUGGUCCAGGCGUUCCUAGCCCGCAAUGCGAGUUCUUCCAAUCCCGAAGUUCGGGUCAACGUUGCCAUUGCUGCAAGCUUGGGAAGCGAGGAUGAGAUGGACCAUGCUCUACUGCGCCGUCUGCGCGGCCGGGAUACUGCUCCCGUUCGCUUUGAAGACUCCUUCUGUGCCAGAAUGUUCGCCACCAGAGCAGUCCCACCUGACUCUGUCAUCAGAGGGCUAGCCUUGGUUGGCGUCAAUGAGAUCGGACCUCUGGCUGUACGUGCUAUGGCGUCUAGGACAGAGUCAAGCUCUGAGCUGUCUGAGAGAUUCGAACAACUGAAAGCGUCAGGUAUUGCACUGCAGGGCGGCGUCUUUUCCUUGGCACUAGAGGUUUUUGCGCAAAAGAGGCAACAUCUCCUAGUGCGUAGUAUGCUGGAGAGCGAUCAACAUCCCGAAGUCUAUGAUGAUGUCGGGCUUCAGACCAAGCUCCUGAAUUACUACCUCGAGCAGCAUGACUGGGACCAGGCUCACCGCACGCUGGCAAUCCUUAGUCUUUUCCACAAGAAGCGUGCCACGCGGGCUUGGAAUCUCCUACUUCGAUCUCAGACCACACGAUGUGUACCAGACGAAAUUGUUCAAACGUUACAGCAUAUGGCUCAGAAUAGGAUCACUGUUUCUCCGAGCUCGAUAGCGAAGCUGAGAAUUAAUAUUCUCCGCGUCCGGCGACGAGGGCGGCUGCCUGUCCGAAGGACAACAGAACACCGAAAAGGAUUCGAUGAUCUGCGUUUUGUCGCACGCAUGUAUUUGUUCAUCUUGGACAACGAUAUAGGGUAUAUUUCUCCUUUCCUGUGGCACGAGAUUCUGCGACGUUAUGGUAUGACUGGCCGCAUGCGCGAGCUCCGACGUCUUAUCCAUUGGCUCUUCUGCUGGUACGCACCCCGAGGAGAGGUCUCGAUCCGCACAAUCCGCAAACCAGGAUUUCUGGACACCGAUACUGAAAGAUUACGUCUCUCAAAUCCUGCCAAAACACAGUUUUGGAGACCAUCAGAUAUUGAGAGUCCGAUCCAUGCCCAGACACACAAGCACCAUCCCCUACGACAAUUGUUUCCGGAUCGAUUCAAGCAAGCACUUAUUGUAUGGGGAUUCAGAGUAGGGCUCCUCCCCAAUGCACCGACGGAGCAGUCCAUGCUCUCAGGUGUAGCAAGUAAGGAGCACUAUCGUGACCGGUUCCGCCGAAGGGGCAUACUACAGCGCCUGAACUGGGACAUUGGCCUCAAGACGGUGGCGGAACUGCGCUACCUCGGCCUUUACGUCAACUCUAGGACGGUCGUCAAGACACUACAGAUGAUGUUCAUCAAUCUGUUUGGUCGAGGUCGUUCUCAUAUUCGCGCAAACCGCAUCAUGCAGGCUGUCAACACGACUCCAUAUGCAGAAUACGUCCGCCGGGUGAACGAGAUCUGGGAUACGCCGUUAUUCCCGGAACCAAGGUUGUAUGGCAAGUCGAAGCUGCAUGCUCUUAUGUGGCACCCAAGGUUCGACCGCGUUAUCCACAGAAGGGGCCAUCUGAAGCUUAGUGACAUCGCCUCCGGAAUAGGCGAGAAGAAACACGAGGAGGGCCCGAAGAUCAGUUAUGUACCGACGAACGUACGCCACUCGGGGGACGAUUGGCUGGAAAAGGACAUGGCGCAGUCUGAGGAGCAAGGUGGUCUGGAUGCACAUAACCCUGAUGCCCUCCAUGAUAUCGCUUCCCACCAGCUUCAUGCCACAUUUGAGGCGCAAGGUAGGGCCAUCAAUUCUGAUGCGUUCCCGUCUCCGAGGGAUUCUACUUCGACAGGACUAGAGGCGCAAGGUAGGACCAUCAAUUCUGAUGCGUCCCCGUCGCCGAGGGAGCCUAGUUCGGCAGGGCUAGAGGCACUAGAGGCCUUGAUGAGUUCGCUUCCAGACAGGCGAAAGAGGAAGAAGAAGAAGUAG